AUGUCUGACGCUCACCACACAUCCCAUGGUACGCAGCCGCCGACGUCGCCGAAAGGCCAUCCGUUACCGCGCCGGUCGUCCCCCGAACAUUCUAUAACCCUGCGACACCACCGUUUGGCUCGCGAGGCGAGUGAAAAGGCCGCAUCGAAGCGCGCUGCUGUGGCAGUCAGCCCCGGGUCAUCCUCUUCACCACAUAGGCAGUCAUCCGGCGAGAGUCACAACACUGGACCCAGUGACCCCAAGAAAUGGUUCGACCAAAGCAAUGAGAACCCUACUGCCUUGUAUUCUCAAGGAAUGGACGUCGAUCCUCCGUUUUUCCAAAGAGAGAGCGAUUCAUCCAACGAAGACAAUCUGCAGCCCAACAGUUACCCUACGCAUCUGCAACCGCCCCUACCAGGCAAUCUCAAGCCGAGUGCCACACAUAGUAGCAGUGCCGAUGAUUACCGGAGUGUUAUCGACGACUUGACUGUCGAAAUCAAGAGGCUUAAGGAUGAGCUCAAACGAUACAAACAGAAGGGACCUGAAAUGAUGAAGCGAGACAAACUGUUCGAGAUCAAGGUUCACGGGCUUCCGAAACGCAAGAAGAGAGAGUUGGAGAGCACCCUUCGCGACUUCGCAUCAGGGCUGGAGAGCAAUACCCCUAGUGCCGAGGCCUCGUCUCGAAAAAAAUCCAGACACGCCGACCGACUGGAGUCUGGAUCAGGAUCAGCUUCCAAACACACAUCCUCGACGUCAGGAUCUAACUCUAGACCUGUUGAUUCUGCGUAUGCGUCAAUGUCAACCGGUGCCAAUUCAUCAGGAACUUCCUUUAUGCGACCUUCAGCCAGUUCGAGGGCCAAAUCAUCGGAGCAAAAGGUGGAGAAUUACCUCAAAGACAUUCCCGAAGGGCUCUAUCCACGUCACAUGGUCUUGACGGAUAAAGACAAGAAGAAACUGAUUGUUCGUCGAUUGGAGCAAAUUUUUACGGGGAGAAUCAGCGGCCGGAGCCUGGCCCGGAACCAACCAAAGUCCUCUGCGAAUAUCGCCUCCUACGCUCCCAUUAUGGUGGAGCCAGCAACCGGCAAUACUACCACCACUCACGGACCAUCCAACGUACCCAUGGGCUUCCACGAGCCUUCUAGAGAGGCACGUAUCUUGGCGUCCGAGGAGAACAAGAAUUUGGUGAAAGAAAACGAGUCUGCAUCCAAUUCGAACGAAGAUCAAUUAGACGCCGGCGGCAACUCGGCGGCUACUGGCACAUCACCUCCGGACCCGCUGCUACUCGAGCAGCGUCCUACCCGGCCGCUUGACCUUGAUCCGGACCGCAAACAAAAUCCCUCCGCAAAUAUGGAUUACAUCCGUCAUCUCGGACUGGCCCCACCCCAUCUGACAGGUCUCGCAACACACGAGGAUGUUUCUCCGGAUGCUGAUGGCUGGGUUUAUUUGAAUCUGCUCUGCAACAUGGCGCAGCUGCACAUGCUCAAUGUUGCACCCGACUACAUUCGCAACGCCGUCUCCGAGAAAAGCACCAAGUUCCAGCUUUCGCCUGAUGGGCGCAAAAUCCGAUGGCGCGGAGGUACUGAAGGGACGAAGUUCAGCAGCGACAGCUCAGGGGAUGCCUCUCAGAACAGUCGUUCGGAGGAAUCCGAUGUAGAGGCUGAAAACGAGCACACGAAGAAGCGCAAACACCGACAGGUAUCCAGGAGUGGAUUCUAUUCUUCCUCCGCAGGCCAGAAUGCAUCCGACCAAUUGAAACUGAGCCACAACAUCUCAUCCGCUGACAGCUUCCACUAUAAGCCGUUGUUUGUGCACCAAUCAUCCUCAGCUGAGCAGACUUCUCUUGACGACUCGAGCUCCUCUUUUGGUGUCGGCGAUGAUAGUAACAACGGAGAGUCACGAUGGGGAAAUAGUGGUUCAGGAUCGGCCCGGCGAAAGCGGCGUCGUUUGGAUGGUGCCAUCAUUUACUACAGUGGUGCCCCCUUCUGUAUGGAUUUAUCUGGAGACCCUGGAGACGCAUCUCCUUCGUCCUACUUGACAUCCACUGGCCAGAAUCAACAGUCGUCGCCUAGAACCGAGACCCCCGAAGCACUGCAGCGCACGGAAUCGGGAUCGGCACUUCCCUAUCGCCCCUUGAUUGAAGGUAGAAGAGCACCGAGUGUGGCAGUCGCAACAGAAGCGGGUUCCGACGAUAGCGAGAUGGACAUUGAGGCCGAUUUUACGUGGUCUGAUGUCCCUCAGGACGCCGCUAGCAGCAAGCUGGAUGCUUGUGGUCUGGGUGGAGUCAUCCCAGACGAUCAUUUUGUGGUCGUUGCUACCACAAAGAGACCAAAGAACAGCACGAACCCUAACACUUUCAAACUCGACGCCAAGGAUGUCGCCAAGAUUGUCGACAGGAUUACAUCUCCGCUGGUAUCUUCAGCCCAGGUCGGGCUUUACAAGCCUAAGUCCAAGAGUCGAUCUCCUGUCAACAUCGAGUACACGUCCAGAUCUGUCGAGAAGUUGAAUCCCACACCCUUACCGCCUCCGGGUAUGUACUUCUCCUUUGACAGCGACACUUCCGACACUUCCGAUGAAGACGACUUUGAAUUAGACGACGAAUCGAGUGUAUCGAUUAGGAAGCAUGGAAACCAGGUUCGCAUCUCUACGUUUGAGAAUCAGUAUCCGGAUGAUGCAGAUAUGUCGAGUGGAGAUGAGGAAGAUGUUGAGCCGGAUGGUGGAGAUGAGCCGGUGGACGAAUUGAACGAUGAAAGUAGCGAGGAAAUCAAGAUUCCUAUCCUACCUCGCGAGGUUCGCCGCGCCAGCAGCAGCAGUGCUGUCGCUGCAGCUGGAACGGCUAGAAGCUGUAGCAAGAGCUUGAGUGCCGAACUUCCUUUGGCUUCGGGCAGUUCGGUCGCCACCGCUGGCGGAGCUGAAAGUGGCUACAGUAGUAGUCGCGAGGAAGAGAGUGGUUUAAGUUGA